AUCGAUUUAAAUAGGAGUCGAUCGACCUAUCGAUAUCCGCGAAAGUUGGAUAACUAUGCUGGCAAUUUUUAUGAAAUUUAAAAACUUAUUCAUGUAAUUUGUGAUAAUUGUAAUUCUUUGUGAUAAAAUCAAGAUGUGUACCCUUUAGAUGAGCCCGAGAGUGUUUAAUAAAAGAGAAGGAGAAUUAUAAUGUGACAAACGAGUAUUCGAAUAACAUGAGUGGUAAAUCUGAUAAGCUUCAAUCACAUAAAAAGAAAACUGAGAAGAAAAGUGGAGAAAGUAGGAAAUAUGCACAAAUAUCGUAUGAUUCCAUAUCAUGUGUAGCAGAAACAAAUGGUUUAAUAGCGCUCAGUGAAGAAAUCAGAAAACAGCUUGCUGAAGACGUAUCAUAUAGACUUCGAGAGGUUAUCCAUAACUGUAGUGUACAUUUACGACAAAGUAGACGAAGAAUACUGUCGACUGCUGAUGUAAAUGCAGUUUUCCAGACUUCAGAUGUACCUUCAAUUUAUGGGCAUUUGAAUCAAGAACCAUUCAAUUUACUCUAUGUUAAAGAAGCUGGUGUUUUUGUGCCAGAGCCUAAUGAUGUUGAUCUGGCAGCUCUUGCUUUGAGCAGUGUCAUUCUCACUCAGAAGGGGCUGCCAUUUGUGAAAGGCAAAUGGCUUCCUCCAGAUGAUACCACAGUUGUGAGUGGGAAUCCUCAGUCAGCAAAGGCAGAUGGUACAAAACCAGCAGUGUCAAGCUCUGAGAGAACCAAUAACAAUCCUCAGAUACCUUCCCAUUUGCUCUCUUACUAUAGUCAUAUUUCAAAAAUUAUUCUGGGUAACUCAGAAAGCCUUGUUAAGGUGGUGCUGAAAGAUUUGGAAACCAACACUAAAAUUAGUCCAAUUGCUCCAUACUUGCUCAACCUAUUAGCACUUGGCCUACAGAAGCUACCCAGGGGACGAACCUACGCACACUUCAGGCAUAGGUUUCUAUGCAUUGCUGAAGCUCUGACAUGUAACAGCUUCAUUGAACCUAGUGCUACUAUUUCAGUUCACAGAUUGAUAUCCACUCUUCUGUUAUGCAUACUGGAUGCAACACUAAUAGAAGGGACAUCAGCAAGGUGCAAUUAUGAGCUGAGGGAUACUGCAGCACGGGUCUUGGCAAAGGUUGUGAAUCGCUGGUGUGACACAGACACCAAACUCCACUUGGAUAUACUGCAGAAGUUAGGAUCUGUAUUGCUAGAUGGUAACAACUCCUUGCGCAACCACUAUGCAGCUCUUAGGACUGUGUGUGCUGUCGGUUAUGCAGCCCUUGAUUAUUGCCUGUGGCCACAACUGGAACAAUAUCUUGCAUUUCUGGACAUAAUGAGAGUUCAGCUGGAGAUUGGGAGGAAUAAAAUGGUAUUAUCACCAGCAUCGUGGAUUGAACAGAGUUCUGAUAUUAUGGAAAUUGAAGGGACAAUUUUGACAGCUACUGAAAUGCUAUAUCGGAAGGAAUGGAACAGUUCACAAGCUCAAUCACCUACAGAAUCCAACAUAAUGAUACUAGAAAAGUUGCUUGAGGCAUAUUUUGGUGACACAUUAUGUGCCAGAAGACUGCAGCAUCCUGCUGCAACCACCAAACAGGAAGAUGUAGCAAAUGCUUGCAACAGUGGAGGAAUGGAAGUUGACAUGUUGGUUUCUACUGUGAUGAAAGAUAGUGGUAACAGUGAUUUUGAUUAUCAAAACUGGACAGCAAUUGCCGAGAUUCCAAUCCAUGUUCCAUCCAUGCUCAUUAAAAGUAACAGAAAUAUAUCAGCAGCAGCUUCACCUAACAGGAGGUUCAAUAUGCUGAGUGAUGUAAGAAUAUCAAGUACCUUUGAACUUCCAGUUAAGCAUGAGCAUUGUCCAAACACAAUUCACUUCAACUUUGCUGGUGCCAAUCCCAUGCCUAAAAGACAUCUGAAACGACGAAUAUUGGAUCCUAGACAUGCACAGUUGGUGUGUCAAAGUGUUUACUUUAGUAAGAAUUGUCAAGUGGGUUGCAUAGGCAAGUUAGUGCGCAGACAACACAGAAUUACAGCAUCAAAAUGUUGUUCAGCAAAUAUCAUGACAGUAUUGUAACUGCAUUUGCCAGGAGGAACCAAGGAAUACCGUGAAGACUGAGUCAGCAUGGUGUCCAGGUGAUGAUUGAAGCCCAGGAUCUGCCACAUACAAAGCAGGACUGCUAACCACUAGAUUGUGACAGUCAGUCACUAUUUAUUUUCAACUGUAAUAAUAGCAAUUAUUUUGAUUCCUGGCAAGUGGAAGAAACUUUUUCUCCUCUCCAGUGCCCAGACCAGUUCUACCCAAUGGUUAUCAGAAGCUCUUUCAGCAGAGGUAAGGCAAAUGCAGCAUGAUGCUGACCACUCACCAUCUAGUGCUGAGGUUAACAAUAUGUGGAUCUGUACUUAACUCCCACCUAUUCAAGAUGCCGUACUUAAUUAAGCACAGGGGUUUUACCUUCUGCCAUGAUGUAUGGGAAAUGGAUGUAGAGCUCUUACAUAUUCUAAACCUAGGCACUGGACAGAAUGCAAGUUAUAAGCAUCCAUGGACUCUUUUAACUCCCAGAGAAAGAGCAGCUGGAACCCAAUGGAUAGGAAGUGGGGUAGACUCAAGAGCCAGUGUGAACACUGAUGAAAAGAAAAUGUGCCAUACCUGUCAAGAAUUCCCAGUUUUUUACUAUCAGUAAUACUGUUUGAAAAAUUCAUUCACCCAUUUACCAUGGCAUAGUUAUUCUGGUGAAAAUUCCAACUCUGAUUCUAGUUUCCAUAAUAUUAUAUCUGAUUAUCAGUAUUUCUGCAUGUACAUUGUUUUUCUUCCUGCAAGUUGCUGCAUGAAGUAGAUAACAUAUCUAUACAAUAAUGCAUGCUUACCUUCAGA